UCCUUCUCACGGUAACAGAUACUUUCUUUUCUUUCUUUCAACUUUCCUCGUUGUGCCGCCGAUCGAAUCCAAUCUCUUCCAUUCGUUAUCUCCCUGGUGGUUGAUAGUCUUUCUUUGAUCUGAGAGCAACUCUUCGAUAGAGGCUCAUCACCAUCAUUCGCAUCACCAGAAGCCGACGCUCCUUUGCAAUCACCAGCACGAUCUCUUUCAACAAUCCUUGCCCGCGUCGACCACCAUGCAUUCGACGCAUCUUUUCCUAGUCAUUGCCAUCAUCGGCACGCUCGCGCUGGCCGCACCAACACGUCGCUCACAUAACGGGCCGGGCAAACACUCCUUCCGCAUUCAUCACAAAGGCCGGCCGACGCUAUCAGCACACGAGGCGCUAGCGCACGCAUACCGCAAACAUGGAUGGGAUUUCAAGUGGGAUUCCAGCAGCUCUCUUCAGUCGACUGGCGAUGCGAACGAAUCUGACAACUCCACCACGGGGAGCUCCGGCGGAGGCGAAGUGACCGCGACACCCGUGCAGCAUGAUUCUGCCUACAUUGCUCCGGUCAACAUUGGCGGCCAGGUCUUGAAUCUCGACUUCGACACUGGCUCCUCCGACCUAUGGGUAUUCAGCACCGAGCUUGCGCAGGGCGCCGGUGCCGGGCACACUUUGUUCGACGCGUCGAAGAGCAGCAGCUUCGUCGACUACCAGGGCGCCACAUGGUCGACGCAUUAUGGCGAUGACAGCUCUGCCUCUGGUAGUGUUGGCUUCGAUACGGUCUCUAUCGGCGGCGCAACAGUUGAGAAGCAAUGCGUGGAGCUCGCUGAGCAGACCAAAGGCUUCGAAUCGCUCCGAAAGAGCGACGGCCUGGUUGGGCUCGCAUUCUCCUCACUGAACCAAGUCAAACCACAACCGCAAAACACGUUCUGGGAGAAUCUUCUCCCUCAACUCGAUCAGCCCGUCUUUACCGCCGAUCUGGACGAGAAAGCGACGGGCAGCUACGAAUUCGGCACCAUCGAUACCAGCAAGUUCACCGGCGAUAUUCAGUAUGCCGAUCUUGCCAGCAACAUCGGAUACUGGCUAGUCGAUUCGCAAACUUACAGCAUUGGCGGCAGUCAAAGAGAAUGUCAGCUGUGCAACCCGGCCGUCAUCGACACCGGCACCUCUCUCCUCCUUGCCGACGAAGAUGUCGUCACGGCAUACUACAAAGAAGUCGAGGGCGCGCAGUAUUCUCAGUCCACCGGCAUGUUCAGCUACCCAUGCUCUUCCGAACUUCCCGAUCUGGGCCUGGCGAUUGGGAGCGGAUACACCGCUGUACUGAAGGGUUCGGGUCUCACGUAUGUCAAGGAGAACGGACAGUGUAUAGGUGGACUCCAAGUGGGUGCGACCACAUCCGGAUCCGUGCAAAUUUUUGGCGAUGUGUUCUUCAAGCAAUUCUUUGUGGUCUUCGACGGCGGCAAUUCGCGAGUCGGUGUUGCACCGAAGUCAGCAUCGACAUGAGUGUUGUGAACAAUACGCAAAGUCGAGUCUGAAACGCUUGCUUGCAGAAGUAGUGUCAAAAACUGA